AUGAAGCUUCUUGCGUUAUUCGGGCUCUUAGCUUGUGCUUCUGGCGAAACGGUGAUCAAGUCUAUACGAAAGGACUCGUCCGGAAUGUACGGAUUCACGAUCCACACGAAGGCGAAGAGACGUCACUUCACAGCCGAUGUCGUGGAGAACAGCCAGGCGGACAAGGUCGGCAUUCCAGAGGGAUGGAAAAUCGUCGAAGUCAACGGCCAGGCUGUCGACGGAUUGAUGAAUGAGGAAGUCGCCGAAAUGAUGACCGCCCAGGACGACGCAAUUUUGUUACUGUCUGACGACACUGUUCUGUACAACGGAAGAGUCAUUCACCAAAACUAA